AGUAAAAAUGACAGAAAUGUUUCCAAAGAAAAGCUCUAUACAUCUCUUCCGUCCUCAUUCAGCUAGUCGCUUAAAGAGUGAUGAAAAUGUUAAAUUUGUUGGAUCAAAGACUAGACCAUCAUCAGCCCAUCCAAAUCCAACAUCUCAUGGAGAAGUUAAACAUUUAAUAUCACAUCCAAUAGAUUUUGUAACUUCUGGUGAUGAAGAUUCACCCCCAGAUGAUUAUCAUCUACCAGUGACCAAGAAAAAAAAGAAACGGACAGUUAUUUCUGAUCCAAAGACUGCUGUAGAAGUUUGGUUAGACAAGAGAAAGAAUAAUUGUACAGAUGAAAUGCAUCCAUUUGUUAAUAUUAGCUUAACAAUCUUGAGAAUUCUGAUGAAUAUGAUACUGAUAUUGAAGAAGAAAAGUAGGAAACCAUCAGUUUGCAAUAAUUUAAAUAAAAAAACAGCCCCAUUUUCUUCCAAUGGUACUGCUAGAUAUUUUGAAACAUUGAAAGCUACAAUUUGA